AUGAGGAGGAGUUUGUUCCUUCAUAUUGUAAAUAAUCUAGAAGAUCAUUACGAGUAUUUUAAACAAAGAUAUGAUGCUGUUGGUAGAAAAGGAUUAUCCCCUCUUCAAAAGUGCACUGCGGCAAUGAGAAUGUUGGCGUAUGGGGUUUCAGGCGAUGCUAUAGAUGAUUAUGUGAGGAUUUCUGGAAACACGAUUUGGCAUGCAUACUUCGGAGUUGCAGGAUCUAACAAUGAUAUCAAUGUGUUGGAUCGCUUGCCAAUAUUUAAUAAUUUUCUUGAAGGAUGUGGUCCUGAAGUUCAAUUUACUUUAAAUGGAUCAAUAUACAAUAUGGGAUACUAUCUUGCAGAUGGGAUUUAUCCAGAAUGA